AUGCAAUGGAUACUCUGUAAGUUGAGUGUGGACUUUGUCACUUGUGCAGCUCCACUCGCAUGUUUCAAGGUAGUCUUACUUCACCAGCCGGGUACGCCUCCGUAUUUCCUGAUCCCUCCAAGUUCAUCGGUCGUUGGGUUACACACAUCUACAACCAGACAAUGUCAUUUUGACGCUUGACACCUGCCCGUUACAAGCUGAUCUAUCACAAAAAGCCAUGCUUGUACCCCAGAUCUCCUUUGCCAAUGUGGCAUACACAGCCCUCCUCACGUGGUUCGUGUAUCUCACCUCUCUCGCAAUCUACCGCUUGUACUUCCACCCGCUCGCAAAAUUCCCUGGACCCAAAAUCGCCGCGCUGACAGGCUGGUACGAGUUCUACCAUGACAUAAUCCACAAGGGAUGUUUCAUCUGGAAGCUGAAAGAGCUUCACGACAAAUAUGGCCCCAUUAUCAGAAUAUCACCCUACGAACUACAUAUUCGAGACUCAGAUUACUAUGAAGAACUCUACGCACCGGCCGCCAAAAAGCGCGACAAGUACGAUGGAUGGGUCACCAUGGCUGGCGCCCCAGCGUCAUCCUUCGCAACGGCAUCCCACAAUCUACAUCGUCUACGCCGUGGAGCGCUCAACCCAUUCUUCUCCAAACGUUCCGUCUACCAGACUGAAGGUCUGAUCAAAUCCAAGAUCGAAGAACUAUGUCGCCGUUUCGAGACAGCCAUGAAGAACAAGGAAGUCAUCCGCCUAGACGCCGCAUACAUGGCAUUGACAAUGGACAUAAUUACCCACUACGCCUUCGGCAGCAGCUACAACUACCUGGCUGAACCAGACUUCAAACUCUCCUGGAAAGAGACCGUCAUCGCCGGUUCCGCCAACGGUGCGUUUUUGCGACAAUUCCCCUGGGCCCUACCCAUCAUGAAGUCCGUCCCGCUAUGGCUGGUCCAAAAGCUCAACCCGCCCGCCGGCUCACUCAUGGCAUGGCAGCAAUUGAUCCGCGCACAAGUCGACGGCAUCAUCGCCAACAACCGCACCAGCGGCGGCGAAAAGAAAGCCACCGGGACAAUAUUCCAAGCAUUACUCGACAGCGAUUUACCCGAUCAAGAGAAAAGUGCAGACCGACUACAAGAUGAAGGCCAGACUCUCGUUGGCGCCGGCUCCGAAACAACAGCAAAGUCAUUGAGCGUGAUCACAUUCUAUCUCCUCGACGACAAACAGAAACUUGCCAAACUGCGCGCCGAACUCAAGACUGUGAUGCCAACUCCGACAAGCGACGUCAGUCUCACGGCACUCGAACAAUUGCCAUACCUGACCGCCGUAAUCAACGAAGGCAUCCGCCUCAUGUACGGCGUCACAACGCGCUUACCUCGCGUAUCUCCCACCGAACCACUCCGAUACAAAGACUGGGUCAUACCUGCCGGCACCCCCGUAGCACAGUCAAACUACUUCGUCCACACCGACGCCUCCAUCUUCCCCGACCCCCACUCCUUCGAUCCAGACCGCUGGCUGCGCGCCGCCGACACCAAAUUCAGGCUGGACCGGUACUUUGUAUCGUUCUCCAAGGGAAGUCGUAUGUGCGUUGGCAUCAACUUGGCGUACGCCGAACUCUACUUGACGUUGGCGAUCAUCAUGUCGCGAUUGGAUCUCGAGAACUUUGAGACCACGGCCGAGAACGACAUUAAGAUCGAUCGCGACUUUUUCGUGGGGAUACCGAAACCAGAUAGUAAAGGUGUGAGAGCGAAGGUUGUUGGGAUGAGGACUGGGGAUUAGAGAACGGGUGGCGACCAUCCUUGCCAUCAAAUUAGAGCUGGUACCGUAAUGUCAAGCGAGUCAGCCUGCCUUUCGCAUAAUAACAGAGAUUGUAGCUGGAAGAAUGAUAUU